AAAAAUAAUGUAGAUCACAUACAUACCCUUCACCGACACCCUUUGGCUGAGGGGCUUUUAGAUUUGGAUCCCCCAUACAGAGUGUCAAUAUACAUAUAAAUAUAUAUAUCUAUCUAUCCACUCUUCCAUCACACUUCAAACAGAGAUUUCUGUAAAGAUCUCUCUCUGCUUUCUGGUCUACCCUUUUUCCAUUCACACUCUCCCAAAAUACCCAGAUCGAGAUCGAAAUCUUAAUCCAUUUUGAGAUCAGAAUCAACAACAAUGGAGCUUUUUUACUUGAUAGUGUUUGGGGGUCUUGCUGUUGUUGUCGCAACAAUGGAGCUCAGCAAGAAUAACAAAGAUCGGAUCAAUACUUCCUCUGCUUUCAAUUCUUUCAAGAACAAUUACCUCCUUGUCUACUCUCUCAUGAUGGCUGGUGAUUGGCUGCAGGGACCUUAUGUGUACUACCUUUACACAACGUACGGUUUCGGUAAAGGAGAGAUUGGGCAGCUGUUUAUUGCUGGAUUCGGAUCUUCCAUGCUGUUUGGGACAAUUGUUGGAUCAUUAGCCGAUAAACAUGGUCGGAAAAGGGCUUCGGUUACGUACUGCAUAACUUACAUUUUGAGUUGCAUCACGAAGCAUUCACCUGAGUACAGAAUUCUGAUGGUGGGACGAAUCUUGGGAGGGAUUGCCACUUCGCUUCUGUUUUCGGCUUUUGAGUCAUGGCUUGUUGCUGAACACAACAAGAGGGGUUUUGAGCAACAAUGGCUAUCAAUAACAUUCUCGAAGGCGAUAUUUCUUGGAAACGGGCUCGUUGCUAUAUUGGCUGGUUUAUUUGGGAAUCUGUUAGUCGGUUCGUUGGCUAUGGGGCCAGUGGCUCCUUUUGAUGCAGCUUCCAUCUUUCUUGCCAUUGGCAUGGCUAUCAUUCUAGCUUCUUGGACCGAAAAUUACGGUGACCCGUCAGAAAGCAAAGAUUUAUUGACCCAAUUCAGGGGAGCUGCUGUAGCAAUUGCGUCUGAUGAAAAGAUAGCAUUAUUGGGUGCGAUUCAAUCCUUAUUUGAAGGUUCCAUGUACACUUUUGUGUUUUUGUGGACUCCUGCUUUGAGCCCGAAUGGUGAAGAUAUUCCACAUGGUUUUAUUUUCUCAAUUUUCAUGCUAUCAUCCAUGUUGGGAAGUUCUUUGGCUUCUCGGCUUUUGGCCCGCGCGUCAGUUAAAGUUGAAAGCUACAUGCAAAUCGUUUUUGUCAUCUCUUCUGCAUCUCUCUUGCUUCCUGUCAUCACAAGUUUUUUGGUGGCUCCUUCUAAAGAGAAGGGUGGAAGCAUAAAGUUUGCAGGGUGUAUCCAGCUGCUUGGAUUCUGUGUAUUUGAGGCUUGUGUUGGUUUAUUUUGGCCAUCUAUAAUGAAAAUGAGGUCUCAAUACAUUCCAGAAGAGGCUAGAAGCACAAUUAUGAACUUUUUCCGAAUUCCCCUCAACAUUUUUGUGUGCAUCGUGCUUUACAACGUUGAUGCAUUCCCGAUCACUGUGAUGUUUGGAAUGUGCUCCGCUUUCCUCUUCCUUGCAUCUAUGUUGCAAAGGCGCCUUUUGGGGGUUGCAGAAAGAUCAAGGCAAGAUAAAGUGAGGGAAUUGGAGGCUGAACCACUCAAUAUUUAAAAAAAUAUCAGGGAAUUUUUUAAAGAAAUGGUCAAAGUCAACAAAUCAAUUCUUAUUUAAAGAUGUGUGCAAUGUAUUUUGUCUCUUGGAGGGCAUAGGUGGUGGUGAUGAAGAAGAAGAACAUGAAUGACAGAUUUAGAAGUUGUUUUUAAAAUAAGGAAUUUUGUAUACCAUUAUUAUAAUAGUUUUCAUAGUUGGAUUAAAACAUUAACAAUGGUUAUUUUUAAUCUAAGAUGUUUCUACAUUUUAAUUAUGAUGAUCUAUAUGUGUAUUUUUAUCAACAUUAAUGAUGUUUAGUCAGUAGGAAACAUUUGAUCUAGUACCCAACAUGUUUGAUA